GGUGCCAACCCCCGGGGCUGCAGCUCCCCUUGGCUCCGUGGGGUCUUUAUCGCGGCAGCUGCGCGAGCAUCAAGGCGCAGGGAGCCCCAAGCGUGGGCAGGGAGGCGGGUGGAGGGGCCUUGAGAUAAGGCGGCAGACACAACAGCCGUGGCGUGGGGCGGGGGGACCCUCCCUCCCAGCCCUCUUAAACGCGCGGCCCCUCCGGCCGGCACUGCCUGCCCAUGGAGAAAACCACGGUGCUGAUCACCGGCUGCUCCUCGGGCAUCGGCCUGGGGCUGGCCGCGCGCCUGGCGGCCGACACCGCUCGCCGGUUCAAAGGUAAAGGGGUGACGCUGCGCCGGGAGGGGCCGGCACCCCCGGGGGGUCUCCCAGGGCCAGGUAGCACCUCGCCAUGGGCAGCUGGUGCCGGUACCGGCAAGCAGCUCGGUGGCACCGGUGCCCUGCUUUCUCCCCCAGUGUAUGCCACCAUGCGCGACCUGGCCAAGGGCGAGCGGCUGCUGGAGCGCCUCGGGGGCCACUGCCCCGACACGCUGGAGGUCCUGCAGCUCGAUGUCACCGACCCGCGCUCGCUGGCGGCUGCCGCGCAGCAGGUGCAGGGGCAGCGGCUGGAUGUGCUGGUCUGCAACGCGGGGGUGGGACUGAUGGGCCCCCUGGAGACCUGCUCUGACCAAGCCAUGAAGACCAUCUUCGAGGUGAACCUCUUUGGGGCCAUCCGCACCAUCCAGGCGUUCCUGCCCACCAUGAAACGCCGCAGGGCCGGCCGGAUCAUCGUCUCCAGCAGCAUCGGGGGGCUGCAAGGGUUGCCCUUCAACUCGGUGUACUGCGCCAGCAAGUUUGCGGUGGAGGGGCUGUGCGAGAGCCUGGCCAUCGUCCUGCGGCCCUUCAACAUCCACCUGACGCUGGUGGAGUGUGGACCCGUCAACACCAGCUUCCUGGCCAACCUGCAGCGCCCAGAGCCCGAGGGCAGCGAGCUGCAGGGCCUGGAUGCUGAGACCCGGGGUCUUUACCUGCGGUACCUGCAGCACUGCCGGAGUCUCUUCCAGGACAGGGCCCAGGAGGUGGAGGAGGUCCUGCAGGUGUUCCUGGAGGCCAUCGGCACCCCCUGCCCGCCGCUGCGCUGCGUCACCACCCAGCUCUUCGCCCCACUCCGGCGCCUGAGGGUGGCCAGCCCCGACGGCUCCGCGUACCUGCGGGCCAUGCACGACCUCGUGUUCGGCCACGGCGGCGAGGCCGGCGGGGCCCGGCCCUGAGCCACCAGCAUCAGGGGAGCCCCGGAGCCCCAGCCCCGUAACGGCUGUCCUGGGGGGUCCCCCGCCUCCACUCCAGGGUCGGGCCGUGCUCCUCGGCUGGGGGGGAGCAGCCCCCUGCCUGCCACCAAUAAAGCCCUUUGCAGCCACACGGCUCCCAGCCCGUCCCUCCCGUCGAGCAGCGCUGCCCGGGGGCUACCGGGGGUUCAGCCCGGUCCCGGGGGUCCCCCACUCCCGCUCAGGGGUCUGGCUGCUCUCCAUGGGGCUGGCGAGUGCUGUGCCGGGGGGGGUCGGUCCCCAGCAAGCCCUCUGCAGCCGCACGGCUCCCGGCCCAUCCCUCCGUCGAGCAGCGCUGCCUGGGGGUCUGCCACGGGUUCAGCCCGGUCCCAGGGGGGUCCCCUUGUCUCCGCUCCGGAGUCCGGCCGCGAUGCUCGGGGCUGGCGGGGGCUGUGCCGGGGGGGGGUCGGUCCCCAGCAAGCCCUUUGCAGCCGCACGGCUCCCGGGCCGUCUCUCCCGUCGAGCUGCGCCGCCCAGGGGGGGUC